AUGCCCGACAAGUACUCUGUUAUCCUCCCCACCUACAACGAGAGAAAGAACUUGCCCAUCCUCGUGUACUUGCUUGCCAAGACGAUGGACCAGCACAAGCUCGACUGGGAAGUGGUGAUCGUUGACGACGCCUCCCCUGACGGCACCCAGGAAAUCGCCAAGCAGCUUAUCGACGUGUUUGGCAAGGAACACAUCCAGUUGCGCCCUCGUGCCGGUAAGUUGGGCUUGGGUACCGCCUACGUGCACGGUUUGCAAUACGUCACCGGGAACUUUGUCAUCAUCAUGGACGCCGACUUCUCGCACCACCCCGAGGCCAUCCCCCAAUUCAUUGCCAAGCAAAAGGAAGGCAACUACGAUAUCGUCACCGGUACCAGAUACGCUGGUGAUGGUGGUGUUUACGGCUGGGACUUCAAGCGGAAGUUGGUGUCGAACGGGGCCAACUUCUUGGCCUCAACGGUGUUGCGUCCUCACGUGCUGGACUUGACCGGUUCGUACCGUUUAUACAAGAAGGAGGUUCUCCAAAAAAUCAUUGCCGCCACCGUGUCCAAGGGGUACGUGUUCCAAAUGGAAAUGAUGGUGCGUGCUAGAUCCAUGGGCUUCACUAUUGGUGAAGUUCCCAUUGCUUUCGUCGACAGAUUGUACGGUGAACUGAAAUUGGGCGGUGACGAAAUUGUUGGCUACUUGAAGGGUGUUUGGACUUUGUUCACCACUGUCUAG